AUGACUCAGACGGGAGGUCGGACCGAGCGCCUGUUGCGCCUCACCAUCAAACUCUACAAAGGUCAAGCCCGCCAAGGUGGGGAGGGCCAUGAUUUUGCCCGCGACUACGUUGUUAAGGCGGCCAAGCUACAUGCUAAGCAUGGUAUCUACGCAUACCAGCAGUGCUAUUCGCCACCGGCAUACCGGACGUUUGUCGAUGAGAUGAACCGCCGCAACAACCGCGGCUGGGUGAUUGAUGACCACGAUGUGACAAUUGAAUUCUACUUCCGCAGUUUCGAAGAACUCAACAAGGUCAACCACGACCCGGAGUUCCAGGCUCUGCAGGCCAGUGAGGAGCCCUAUGUCAACCGGGCGCAUACCGUGGUCUCGCUGUCGUGGAUCGAGAAAUACGUCGAUAACAACGAAGCGGUUAACAUUGUGGAUGAUAAGUCGACCUACCCCGGCUACGAUGAGUUGUUGGAUCUGUCGACCGCGUUGCCGACGGGAUCCGCGGCGUGGGUGAAGGAAUAG